AUAUUAGCAUAAAUUAAGUAUAGUUUUCAAAGUAAAAAUUGAAUAUGUUUUUAAAUUUGUAUACUCCACGUACGUAUUACAGGGUAGAGGUUGGCUGCAGGAGUUUUUAAAGUCUAAGUUUACCAAACCGAAAUCGAGUAAAAUCGAUAAUUAUUCAAAAUCAACUAUUGAAAAAAUAUUAUUAUUAUUGAAUUUGUUUUAUUAUAGUAUAGAUUAGAAGAAUAAAAUAUGUGAAAUCGGGAAGACGAGAUUCAGAAAUAAUCGAUUUAAACCCGAAAUCAAUAAAUAUCAUGUCGUUUAAAUCUUUGCUGCGCAAUUCCUCAAUACUGUGAAAUUCGAUAGAUUGCCUAUUAUAUAAUAUACAGAACUAUUUAAGUAUAGUAAGCUCGACCAAAUUUUAUAUUCUAACUAUGGCAUUUUUAAAACUCCGAUUCCUGAAAUUUUUAUCAAGACUUUACUCUGAAUUUUCAAAAACUCUUACAAUAUAUACACAUCAUUGAUGAGCCGACCACCGUCGAAUCAUGUAGCUAUAUAUAAUCAACACGAGUGAUUUUCUUUUGUCCUCCGCAGAUAUAGCGACUAACUAAGGGAAAUUAUGGCCGGAAAUGUCGCUGACGACGAGAGGGAAAUGCGGAGCCGACUGCCCAGCCAGGACGAAGGAUCGAGACUGCUCGGCGAACCGGCCGAGGAUGGGUUCUGUGAGCGCAUCAAGCCAAAAGUGAGCCUGUGCCUGGGCACCACGGCCGUGCUGUCGUUCAUGGUGUUCCUGUUCCUCGUGCCGUUCGUCGUCGACCCCGCGGUGUCCAGGCUGAUCGCCCGGUACGCGCCCGAGCCCGGCACGUGCGCGCUGCAUGAGCACGUGUUCGCGGCCGGCUUGAGCAAGUGUACGUGGUCGUCGUGCCGGGAAGGCUGCACGUCGGCCACCACGCGGUGCCAUCAGAUAACCGUCAACUACUCACUGACGCCGUACCAACAAUACGAACAGGCACGAAACCGAAGGGCGUACUAUAUAAUAUUUAGAAAACAUUACGUUUAGGGUGUUUUCUUUUGUUUUUGUUUUUUAAGACGUUUGUGGAUUAUUUUUCUAAAUUGAUACGAAUUGUACAUAAGUACAGAGACAUAGACAAUAUUUUUAACUACAUGACAACGAAGACAAUGAAUACAAAACCGAUAGGACACAAUAUAAAAAGUCAUCUGCAGUUAAUGGUGUCGGCGAGUACACCACUAUCAAUCGACGCGAUUGAUCACAAAAUGCGUUCAUGUUUUCACAUUUUACCAGUGAUCUAAUGACUGCAAAUUAAAUUAAAAACAUAAUAGUUUGGAUAGGUACCAAAAACAAUGACUUUUUGAACUACAGAUUUAAAAUGCACAAGAAAGAUAUCCUAAAAUAAAGCCUCAGCUGAAACACAUGGAUUAAGUUGAAUGUGUUAAAAAAUAAUAAUACAAAUAUCCACAAUAGAUACUUUAAACAACAAAUAAUUUAUUUUUUCCAUUAUUUUUCCAAGCCACAACUUCAAUACGAAAUAUCUAAAUAGCUCGAUUAGUCUUAACUUUAGAUCGUAAAAGAAAAUUAAAAAAUAUACAACACAUUUCCAUCUAAGUUUCCAAUGAAAAGUCGUUCUCGUUUAAAUAUACAAAUAGUCAUCUUAAAUUUAAUAAUUCCCAAUAAUCACGAAAAAAUGACAAGAAAAGAAACUCAAAUAAAUUAUAUUCUAAGAUAAUUGGAAAAAUGGCAGUAAAUUCGUUAUAAAUUGACCAUAAAAGGUAACGUGAAAAGCUCAACUAUAUAAGCUAACAGUWUAUUGAAAAAUAACUAAGACGUGUUUGAUACGAAAAAACAAAUAGUAUAAAACUAAAUCGAAAUCUUGUAAAACUUUUAAUGAUUAAAAUGAUUGAUCGACUUCGGGUGGUUUUAUGAGUUUUAAAGGCGGAUUAGGACCUAACCUAACCUAACGCUAUAACAG